AUGAGUGACGUCAGCAGAUGGCAAUCAGCGGCUGCGACGGGCAAACCUGGUCGGCGGGCGCCCGGCACCUCUCCUGCUGUCGCCACUGCGUCUCCCUUUGAUCUCCCCUCUUCCGCCGCUCCCGCUCCUCUCGCCUCCUUGCGCGCGGUAUCGCCGCAGGUCCCUCUCGCCCCGCGCGUGCCGCACCAACCCACGGCAGAAAAGCCGCUGGCCUCCGCGCAUCCCUCGCGCUCCCUGCCGUCGUCGCAGCCGCACAGCAAAUCCCGCCGUCUGCCCUUUCGCUUCCCCGCGCGCGCCGUGUCCGCCCAGGCGCGCGCGCUCUGCCACUACGCCGCGCUCACCGUCGCCGCGGCCCUCUUUCUCGUCGUGUGGGUCGCCUUUCAGCCCGACGCGCCCGACGCCCGUGGCGCCAACGGGAGGGCCUUCCCCCGCCGCCGCUCGCAUGAGGCGUUGCGAGGCUGCCCCGUGUGCGGCCGCGGCGAGGUCAAGCUGCCGCCGCUGGUGCGCCCGCUGUCCGCGCGCGGCGCCAAGGUGCGCCUCUGCAUGGGCAGCGCCGCCGCGCCAUUCGCGCAGGGCACGUUCGUGAGCCCCGAGGAGACGCGCGACGGGGCGAGCUUCGGCAGCCGGUUCGCGCAGCUGACGGUGUUCGAGGCGGAGGCGCUGCACGAGACGGCGGACGGCGCGGGGGACGCGCGCGGAGGCGGCGGGCAGGCGGGGCGGCAAGGUCAGCGAGGGGCGGCGGCAGUGAGGACGUGGGUGCGGCUGCUGGCAUUUCUGGAGGACGAGGAGUCGAUCCGCAAGACGCAGUGGGAGGGGUGGGGCGCGGCGGAGCUGAGCGACGUGUACUGGCGGGGGGCCCUGCAGGUGAAGUGCCUUGUGUGGCCCGGCCACGACCCCGCCCUGCACAGCGUGGCGCCCGCCCUCGUGGUGGACGCCGUCGUGCGCCACCGCCACCCCUGGCACAUCGCGCUCGACUGCCCCCUUCCGCCCCUCGCCCCCCCCUCCGCCUCCCCCUCCUCGCCCCCCACCGACCCCUCAGCGGACCCCUCAGCAGUGGCGGUGCGAGUGAGGGUGAGCAGGAGGGAGGCGAGGCGGCACUACGUGGAGUACGGGCAGCGCCUGCAGCUGCAGCUCGUGGCGGCGCGCAACGGCUCCGACCUGCGCAUGCCGCCACUGCUGCUGUGCCGGGCUGAUGGCGAUGCCGACCCCACUGACAGCACCUACGGUGGCGGCAGCGACGGCCCCAUGGAGCCGGGCAGCCGCGCCCCGCCGUUCCCCUUUGCUGCCGCGGAGAGAGAGCUCUUCUCGCUGGACGUUGCCUUCUCGCACGCGCGCCUGCUGGAGUGGAUCGAUGCAGCGCUGCUGAUGGGCGUGCAGCGCAUCUACGUGUACGACCGCCACGCCACCGCCAUGACUGCCCUGCUCGCACCCUACAUGCAGCGCGGGCAGGUGCAGCACGUGCCCUUCCCCCCCUGGAGCGAGGUCUUCUUCCGCCACCACCUCUACGCUGGCAAGGCCCGCGUGCCGUACCUGUUCCCUGAGAUCUACGAUCAGAUCAUAUCGUACGAGCACUGCCUGAUGCAGGGGCGGCGGAGGGGCGACAGGUGGCAGCUGCACAUCGACAGUGAUGAGUUCAUCUGGUACGAGCCGCGCACGGGGGGCUUCCUCAAGCCGCUGCUGGCCCGCCUCGAGCUCAACCACUCGCGCUCCCGCCCGCGCGGCAGCAAGGAGCCCCUCAGAGUGAUUCAGCUGCGGCGGUUCAACUUCUGGGGUGUGGAGGCGGAGUCGCGGCGCGAGCCCGUGUUGGACCGCCUCACGUGGCGCUGCGCGCAGCCCAUGUGGCACACCGAGGGGUGGGCGGGCUGGCAUGACAAGCUCGCUGUCAACCCACAGACCAUCCUGCCCUACUCCGUGGCGAUCCACACGACCACGGCGCCACCGGAGUCGGUGGCAACAGCCCCGCGGGACGUGCUGCACCUGAACCACUUCACGGCCACGGCCAUCGACCUCGCGCAGCACCCGUGCCGCUCGUGGGUGAAGCCCGUGCUGGACCGCGGGCUCACCUGGGUCACCCCGCGCGCCCUCAAGUGCCGCGCCCUGCCCUGCCGCCGCUCCACGCCCCUCGAGUGCUGGCCCUUCUGCAUCCUGCCCUGGCGGGACGACGAUGGCAGGGGCUCCGGUGCUGGUGGGGGCCCUGGGCCAAGGGUGGCUAAAACACAGAGUGUGGAGAGUGAGGAGGGAGGGAAGAGUAAAGAGCCCGCAGAAGAUACCAUGUAA